UCCUCACUCCACUACAAGAACCAAAGAAACAACUUUCGAUAGAGGAAGCAGUUCAAAAAGAAAAAAAGUGGGAUACUAACAAUUCAAAUUCGAAAAAAAUUGACAAACUCAUCGGAGAAAUGAUUGCACUUCAAAAUGUACCGUUUAAUUUUGUAGAGGGACUCGGUUUUCGCAGACUGAUACAAGAAUUAUCACCAAAGUAUAAUUUAAGAGGGCGCAAUUUUUUUACUGACUUUGUGUGCACGGAACUGUAUGGCAAAGUUGCUAACAAAGUGAAAGAAUUAAUCGAAAAAUUUGAUUACAUGGCGUUUACUUCUGACAUUUGGUCGGAUCCAAGCUCUAAUGCAUCUUUGCCUAGCCUGACUUGUCAUGGAAUCGCAAAAAACUUCGAUCGAUCAUUGAUUAUAUUGAAAUGCGAAACCUUCGACGACCGUCACUUAGGUGACAUAAUUGCAGAAAAAUUUGACACCAUGCUUACUGAAUGGAAUAUUUCAAAAGAACAAGUGCACUGCAUUAUUCGUGACGAAGGCUCCAAUAUGAAAAGAGCUAUGCGAUUAGCAGUAUUGAAUGAUUUGGAUUGUGCAGUUCACAAGAUGCAACUCGCUAUUCGAAUGAAAUUGACCCUGUUUUGCCAGAAGAGUGGAAUUAUUGAAUCUUGUGUUGAGCUAUUGAAACCUUUUGAAGAAGCCACACGGGAACUAAGUAACUCUCAUACACUUAUAUCAUCUGUGAUUCCAAUAAUUAAAAUGCUUGGAAAAAAACUUGCUGAUUAUUUAACAAGACCACAGGAUUCUGAUCCAAUUCGGGUGGCUGUCAUGACUCUGAAAACUGAAGUUUCAGCAAAAUUUUCUUUGUUGGAAGAGAACAAUUUAUAUGUCAUAGCCACGUACUUAGACCCGCGCUAUAAGCACAAGUUUUUUACACCAGUGACCGAGGAAAAUAUUAAGGACGAUAUUUUGAAGAUUAGGACAAACAUAGAGAAUGACGUCUCAAACUCUCAAAUAUCUCCAAAUUUCAAAGCAGCGAAAAAAAUUAAAAUGGGAGAUUCCCUCGUAAAAGAUACGGAACAACCUGGAACAUCCGGUACAACCUGAAAGCCAUGCUUGAAAAGCGAUCUUACCAUGAUGCCAGAUUCGUCAAGUGAAGAUGAUAGUCAAGAAAUAUCAGAAAAUGGUUCCCCUGAUGCUGUCCUCAAGAAGGAAUUGCUUUCGUAUCGAAAUAAAGCAAGGCUGAAUAUAAAUGAAAGUCCACUUAAAUGGUGGAGCGUUAAUCGUACCGAAUUAAAAAUUUGAUCUGGAAUAGCACGCAGAUUUUUAUCGCCUCCACCAGCUAGUGUUCCC